AUGAUUGCUCCACUAAACAGAAUUAAGGAAACGUCAAAGAAAGAGGUGAAGAAAGAGAAGUCUCUAGCUCUCAAGGUGACAUUAGAUAGAACUUAUGAUGGAGAUGAUGAAAUGACAUACCUCCCAAGAAGGUUUCAAAAAUUGGUUAGGAAACAUAGAGGUUUUCGAAAGGAAAGAAACUCAAACAGAGCUGCAAAUGCUAAUUACCGAUGUCAUAAGUGUGGAAAGUCAGGACAUUUCAUCAAAUAUUACCCCAUGCAUAAGGUUGAAAACAAAGAGUUUCCAAGACCUGGGGGUGAAAAAGAUAGAAGACGGGACCUACUACCCAAGAGGAAAGUAAGAAAAGCUGCAGAUGACUAUGUUGAGAAGAAAGCUUUUGCUGUCUUGGGGGAUUCCUCAAGUGAGUCGGAAGAAGAUUCAGAAAACUAUGAGGAUGUCUUAAUGAUAGCCGUAGAAGAUGAUAAAAAUGUCUUCAACUCCAUUGUCUCAUUAAUGGCAUAA